GCCCGAUAGCUCCACAAACAAACAUCAGCUUAUUAACGAGAUGUGUAGGUGCAAUCAUGCCUCUGUCUCUAAUACCUCUGCCUCAGUUUGGUCCGGUCAAUUUCCGCAAGUGCUUCGUCCCAGCCAUACACCAAUAUGAGUGGAGCCACUAUUCUGCCUCAGGCAAACAACUCUUCCGAUCAAGUCAGAACGACUGCGACCCAUCACCGAUUAAGUACAUAUCUCGAAGAGUCUUUGUGCCUAGCUUCCCGGCUUCUCGAGCUGGAGCUUUUUCUCCUUGCACUUGCCAUCGGAAUCCAGGACGCUAUCUCCUUCCCGGACUUUCAUUGCUUUGCCUCGAAUCAGACCGGCAACACAGUCCUAUUCGCGGUGGGCGUCUUACUCGAUGAUCCUAGCGGCGGCGAGCCCCCCAUGUUUGCAAUAUCCACGCUCGCAGUCUCGCUAUCUUUCUUCAUCAUCGGCGUCUUCGUCACUGGCCAAAUUGCAAAUCGGCUCGCUAUCAGCCAAACACGCGGUUGGCUCUUCUUCUCCGGAUUAGGUCAGACAGUACUGGUCAUCAUCGCUGGCGCACUCCAGUUGCGGUAUUCCGAACUCGUCGGUCCAAACACUAAACUCGGUCGCAUCAUUAUUGGGCUUCUGGCAUUCUCGUCGGGCUCACAGGUGGCCGUUGUGCGAGGACUUAAGAUUACGGACAUUACGACCGCCAUGGCGACAGCGGCUUACAUUGACAUUUUCAUCGACCCGAGGUUGUUUGCGGGUUUUACUGAGAACCGGGGCAGGAACAGGAGGGUGGUUUUCUUGCUUAUGCUCGUAUUGGGGAGCUUUGUGGGCGCAGGAAUAGGUAAGGCAGCGAACCUCGGUGUAGGUGUGCUGGUAUCUGGAGGCAUUAAGACCGUUGUCAGUGUGAUGUUCUUGUUCAAUAGUAAGGAGGAUAACGAGGAAGAGAAGUAGCGAUGCAAUCUGGCAUGUUGAGUAUAGCAAACUCACCCUUCUACGUAUGCAUGUACGAUUUUAGCGACC